GCAUAAAAAAAAUCAGUGAUUUAAAAAAUACUGUAAAAAUAAAUAGAUUAUCACUAAUUACUAAUUGUGUUUAUAAAAAGUGGAUAAAUAAGUGUACGCAACAUGUAAAAAUAUAUGCAACAUAUUUUAAGGCACACACUUUUUUGUAAUGUUUGUUGAACGUUAUAUCUUUGAAAAGUAGAGAACAUUAUAUCCUUGAAAGAUUUCUGGUACUGGCAGUGACUUUCGGAACGUAGGAUCGAUAGGACAGAAAAUGAGCAAAGAAGGGGAGAUUUCCGUUACACUAUGAAACAAGAUUUCAUCCAUUUGGCCGCUAACAGCAAGAGUAGAAAAGACAGAAAAGAAGAAACGUGUGCAGUACUAAUUAAAUUGGAAGAUAAGUUAAAAUGGAAGGUGUACCUGGUUUUUCAUCGAAUGAAUGUGAUAGUAUAUCAAUUCACAGUGACGAGUCGAAAUUACAGUUAAAAGAUGCUAUUGUUUAUCUGGAACAAUUACUUUUGGAAAAUGACCUCGUGGCCCAAGAAUCAUCUGAAACAAUUUCCCACAAGGCAAUACAAAUUGGCGAAGAAAUGUCAAUUUGAAGAAGUACUAAUACGAGAAAAAAGAAUAGAAGAAGAUGAUUAUUCCGAUGAAUAUAUGUUAGAAGAAGAAACGAAAGUAAUGGAUUACAUUCCUUUAGAAUAUAAAAUCAAAGUUGUUAAUAUGGCAAAACAGCAUCCACAUUGGAAUCUCAAAACUCUACAGAAAAAAGGAUGCUCACGUUUAAAAAACAUAAAAUGUUUACCCCGAUGGGAAAAAGAUAUCAAACAUGGAGGAACAAAUAUUGAUAAAUAUACAAUUAUUAAUUCAUGGACAUAUGAUCGUUUUGUAGAAGCUAAGAAUAAUUACCAACAAGUGACAACAAGAGAUUUGCAACAAUGGGCGUUGAGUGCUGCAAGUCAGUUUGAAAAUUUUCCUUUUAAAGCAUCAAAAGCGUGGAUUCGAAAAUUUAAAAGACAACACAGACUCAAACAACAAAAAAUUACAAAAUAUGUAUCCGCAAAAGAAGCUGCCACGAUAGACGAGAUAUUGGCUGCAGCAGACAUCUUCCGGAAACAAACAAGGAUAAUAAUUCCUAAUUUUCACAAAGAUUUUAUCAUCAACAUAGACCAAGCAGAAUGUCAAUAUCAAUCAACAUGUGAUAGAACUCUGGCAACACAAAGAAAAGCAGGUUUUGUACAAGACACAAAUUUGAAUAAAAUCAGCCACUCGUACACAGCACAAUAUGGGAUUACCAUGUCCGGGAAAAUAUUACCGCGCGUAUUCUUAUGUUUACAAGAAGCAAAAGGAGUGUUCGAUCCAAAAGUACAACAAGCUAUCGAUGAAUUUCUUACUGUAUGUACAAAUGUCGUGGUAACAUCCUCGAAGUCCGGAAAACUCACAUCAAAUCUGUAUACACAAUUUUUAAAAGAAAUAUUAUUACCAUAUGUAAAAAAAGAAAAAUUUCUUCUAAUAAUAGAUUCGUGGCCCGGUCAAACUAAUCCUGCAUUGUAUGACGAAAUUUUUCUUGAUGAUGACAGUGCAGGAACAUGUACUAUUAAGGUUGUUCCUCCAAAGUGCACACCUUUAUGUCAACCGUGUGACGUUUAUUUUUAUAGACAAGUCAACAAUUUUAUAAAGCGUUUACAGAAUUGUUCGACUUUAAUUGAACAAAACCGCGAAAUAACAUCUCAUGAAGAUUGCAUAAAAAUUCAUUCGAUCAUACAUCAUCAAUUGUCCGCCCCGAGUUUUCAAAAUAUGUUACAAUAUGCAUGGUUUGCUUCAAAAUUAACAAACGAAAGAGAGGUAUUUAUGAAUGUCAACGAAGUAUGUUUUCCAAUAGAUAUUUUAAAGAAACUAUGUGAAUGUAAAAAUACGGCGUUCAUACGAUGUGCACACUGUCAGGAAAAUUACUGUUUUGCUUGUUUUUAUGACAAAUAUCAUCCUGCAUUAUGUAUUGUUCCGUCUAUUUCCAAUAAAUAA